UCGGUCCGUCUCGAGCAAUUUUGCGUGUACGUGCGCCACCUGGUGGCCGAGAGUUUUUCGUAUGCCGGCGAAUAGUUUCCGGUGUUAUGGCGACUGGCUGCUGCGCUGCUGUUUAGUUCGUCUGCAACAGCUUCAUGCGCGCCGGCACCCUGGAGAGCUUUCCUAUGCACUUUUCCACGAGAGAGUAUGUCGUUGCUGGGAGUACUGGGAAUGGUAUUUGCUUGCGUCGUGCUCAGCACAGAGGAUGACGGCAGCCCCCUCGGCCAGCAAGGGAGUGAAAUGCUGAACUACAGCAGUUUUUCUUUGCCGGAGGACCACAUCCCAUACUUUCUUCAUAAUAACAAGAAGAUCGCAAAACUCUGCAGGGAAGACCCACAUUGUCCUUUCAAAGGUGCACUGCAAGACAAGGGGGCCUGCUGGGGCUACGAGAAGGACUGCAGUCCCGAGAAGCGGUUUGGCUAUCCCAUCUGCACCAAGGUUGAUACGGGAUGGGUCAGCUCGCUGGCGGCCGCUCAGGACCUCUUCUGGAGGCAGGCUGAUUUCGGCUAUGUGAGGGAGCGUCAGGACGAGAUGAAGACCUUCUGCAAGGCCUCUGAGCCCGGGGACUCCUCCUUAAAAUGCACCAGCCACAUGCGAUACUGCAGAGCCACCAACCUCUACAUUGACCUGAGGCAGCCGCCAAGGAGCCAUGAAAGGUAUAAGGAGGACUUCCUGCGGGACGGUGCGAUUGGGGGACGGUGCCGGCUAAACAGCAGGGCUCUUCAGUCAGCUGGGCAGCACAAGAGCCCCCUGCAGUCCUGGUACGCUGAGCUGCAGACUUACAGCAGCCUCCCCUUCAGUCCCCUAGCGGAGCGGCAGUGUGACCUGCUGGUGGAGAGGCCUACCAUCUUCAUGAAGCUGGAUGCGGGCGUCAAUAUGUACCACCACUUCUGCGAUUUCGUCAACCUGUACAUCUCCCAGCACAUCAACAACUCCUUCAGCAGGGACGUCAACAUCGUCAUGUGGGACACUAGCUGGCACGAUUAUGGAGACCUGUUCAGCGAGACGUGGCGAGCCUUUUCAGACUAUGAAGUCAUCCACCUGAAGAGCUUCGAUUCCAGGCAGGUGUGCUUCAAAGAUGCCUUCUUCUCACUACUGCCCCGGAUGAGGUACGGCCUGUUCUACAACACACCCUUGAUUGCAGACUGCCACAGCGAUGGGAUGUUCAGGGCAUUCUCACAGCAUGUCUUGCACCGGCUGCACAUUCCCCAGGAGGGCCCUCUGGAUGGCAGGAUUCGCAUCACGCUGCUCUCCCGGAGUACGGAGUACCGUAAGAUUUUAAAUCAGGAAGAGCUUAUCGGGGCUUUGAAGACGGUUCCUUUGUUUGAGGUCAAGCUCGUGGAUUACAAAUUCAAGGACGUGCCUUUCCUGGAGCAGAUCCAGAUGACACACAACUCGGACAUCUUUAUAGGGAUGCAUGGCGCUGGGCUGACCCACCUCCUGUUUCUGCCGGACUGGGCCGUGGUGUUUGAGCUAUAUAACUGUCAGGACGAAAGCUGCUACCGAGACCUGGCCCGCUUGCGAGGGAUCCACUACGUGACUUGGCAGAAGAGGGACAAAGUGGUUCCUCAGGACAAGGGCCACCACCCGACUCUGGGAGAGCACCCCAAAUUCACCAAUUACUCCUUUGAUGUCCAGGAGUUCAUGCGGCUGGUCCUGGGGGCGGCUGAGCAUGUGCGGAACCACCCAAAAUGGCCUCGUGGGCUGCAGCAUGAUGAGCUAUAGGGCCCCUCUGCUAUGGGGCCCCUCCACCGCGGAGGUGGGGGCGUAUUGCUGGCAGUGCUGCAGCCAGGUGUGUAUGCAGCAGUGUAGAUUUGCACUCCUCUACUAUAUCCCGUGUGUCUCUGUAUGAAAUUGAAAAUGUUACACUGGAAACAGGGCUGUUUGGCUCUGAGAUGAUUGGGAGGCCAGGAAUGAACCCUGGAGGAGCUCCAGGCCGAGACAGCUUUAGCAUUUGGGCUGAUCCUGAUUCCAGUGGAGCUCCAGGCUGAUACAGCUUUAGCCUUUGGGCUGAUCCUGAUUCCAGUGGAGCUCCAGGCCGAGACAGCUUUAGCAUUUGGGCUGAUCCUGAUUCCAGUGGAGCUCCAGGCCGAGACAGCUUUAGCCUUUGGGCUGAUCCUGAUUCCAGUGGAGCUCUAGGCUGAUACAGCUUUAGCCUUUGGGCUGAUCCUGAUUCCAGUGGAGCUCCAGGCCGAGACAGCUUUAGCCUUUGGGCUGAUCCUGAUUCCAGUGGAGCUCCAGGCUGAGACAGCUUUAGCCUUUGGGCUGAUCCUGAUUCCAGUGGAGCUCCAGGCCGAUACAGCUUUAGCCUUUGGGCUGAUCCUGAUUCCAGUGGAGCUCCAGGCCGAGACAGUUUUAGCCUUUGGGCUGAUCCUGAUUCCAGUGGAGCUCCAGGCUGAGACAGUUUUAGCAUUUGGGCUGAUCCUGAUUUCAGUGGAGCUCCAGGCCGGGACAGCUUUAGCCUUUGCCAGUGUCCCAGGCCUCAUCCUUCCACUACAAAUAUAGGAGUAAGAGGUGUAGUGAGAUGGGAGCGCCGAUGCACGUGGUACUUUCUGUAAAUCUUCUGCCCCGUGCUCCUGGGGCUCUGGGGGGAAAGGGAGGGGCCUUUCUCAUGAUGUCACGCUGCGGUCACCAUGUGUCCAUGAGAACGCCACGGCAUGUGUUACCCUUCAGUGUCAAUGUCUCUUGCUUUUUUUCCCUCUCUGUUGUCCCUCAAAAUGCGUAGUUAAUUUUUUAUGUCAUCUGGUUCUUACAAGUGGAACCUUAUCUGUGCAAAAUAUUUUUAAGAGAAAGUAUUGAUUAUGAUAAAUACACAUUGACGAGUUCUGUUUUUGCGACCAGCAUAAACUUGUCUUGUUCUGUGAUUGAAUUGCUUUAUCAUUAUUUAUUACCAAUGCAUGUUGUCACAGUUUUGCUUUUCUAUACCCUGAUACCUUAUUUAAUUCCCUUUAUACACCAUGUAAGACACUAAUACACCAUAUAAAUGUCCAUCCAUUUUCCAAACCGCUUAUCCUACUGGGUCGCGGGGGGUCCGGAGCCUAUCCUGAAAGCAAUGGGCACGAGGCAGGGAACAACCCAAGAUGGGGGGCCAGCCCAUCGCAGGGCACACUCACACACCAUUCACUCUCACACGCACACCUACGGGCAAUUUAGCAACUCCAAUUAGCCUCAGCAUGUUUUUGGACUGUGGGGGGAAACCGGAGUACCCGGAGGAAACCCCACGAUGACAUGGGGAGAACAUGCAAACUCCACACACAUGUGACCCAGGCGGAGACUCAAACCUGGGUCCCAGAGGUGUGAGGCAACAGUGCUAACCACUGCACCACCAUGCCGCCCCCUGGUAUAAAUUAUAAUAUAUAAUAUGGUGUUAAGUGGAUUUUUAGUGAAAUUUGUUUUAGCCAUUUGAAAGUGUGAUGCAAUAAAACACUUAAGUUGUACAUCUUGCUCUUUCUUUCAAUAAAAUCAUUUUGUCAAAGAAA